AUGAUGCUGAAUCUUCUCAUCCUCGUUGUGCUGUCAGCACCUUCAAUGGCGCUGUCAUUGUCUCCUAGAGUUACCGGCGGAUCUCCCGCAGAACUAGGCGAGUUCCCUGAAAUUGUUAGUAUGAAAUGGAAUGGAGAACCCUCAUGUGGCGGUGUGUUGCUCAAUGAGAAAGUUGUUAUCACUGCUGCCCAUUGUGUAUCAGCGUCGGACGGAACACCUGAGCCAGACCAUCUUCCUUGGUGGGCUAACGGCACCACUGUUCAGGCCGGAUCUCUUGUUACAAGCUCGGGUGGCAUCACAGUUGGGGUAUCGAAGAUAUAUGUACAUGCUGACUAUGUGCACCGAACUACGCACCAUGAUGUAGCUCUCCUCUACCUGAACUCAUCUAUUAAAGAGACAUCAACCAUUCGCUAUGCUAAACUACCAGCAAAAGGUGCUGAUCCUAUCCCUGGCUCAACAGCAGUGGUAGCAGGAUGGGGCGAUACAAAGUUUGAAGGAUCGGGAUCUCCCCAUUUGCUAAAGGCAGACAUUCCUGUCGUUUCUCGCAAAAAAUGCAAUGAUUAUUGGAGUGAAAUAGACAGAAAAAUCAUAUUUAGCCAGAUGUGUGCUGGCACAAAAAAAGCAGCUGGGUGCAAUGGGGAUAGUGGAGGCCCUCUUUUUGAUAGCAUUACAGGACAAGUCAUUGGAAUUGUUUCACAAGCACAAAGGUGCAGUGAGACAGGGUGGCCUACAGUGUUUGCCAGUGUUAGUGCCUAUGUUGAUUGGAUUAAAGAACAUGCUUCUCUAGAAGAGGGUAUCAAAACAUCUUGA